AUGAAGCGCCUAUUCAAACGAAGAAAAAAUAAAGAACAACAUAAAGGAAAUACCAAUGUACCAGAAUCAUUAUCGAAUCAGAACGAUGCUCGCGGAUCCACAGGGAAUAGCGGGAAAGAUGACACGGAUCUUCCCAACUCUUUAGAGACCAAACAAGCGAUAGCGAUCUGGCUGCUUGAAGGCCUGGACCUUGCUAUGGGAGUCUCUGAGGCAACCCCGGCCCCCACACCCCUGGAAUCAGCAUAUGCCCUAGCGUCCAGGGCGGUUGAAAUAGCACAGGAUUUGCAUAACGACGAUAUGGCAUGGGACGACAUGGUUUUCGAUAUUCAUCUUCACGUUGAAUCUAUGCAGGAUGCCGUGGAGGAUCUGAAGAAAAGAACGCAUUCUGCCCCUUGGGAUAAACUUGUCGAAGCAUUGAGACAACAUCUCAACUCUCUCAGGAUGAUCCUUUCUGAAGCCGAUGUGGCUCUCAAGGAAGCUAGUAUGAAUGCAAGAUCGACCAUUCACCGGUUCGUCGCAACUCGAAUCGACAAGGGCAUGAUACAACAUCUCCGUGAGAUAGAGGCAAAAGCCUUUCAAGGUUAUAGUAUUAUAACCUCUGACAUCCUGCUGGGCAAAGACACCCCGCUAGGAGAACUCGUCGAGGGAAUCAGAGCAGAUCUGCAAUCUUUGACGAUUAGCGAUAUGAAUAAGGUCAAUUACGCUUCUGCCGAAUCUGCGUUGGGAUAUUCAUUGGGCACUGACUUGGAACUGUGUGUAGAGGGCACACGCACCGAAAUCCUUGAGACAAUAAGAAACUGGGGAGACUCUGGGAACAAAUCGCAGCAGAUCUUUUGGCUCUACGAUGUGGCCGGAACGGGCAAAUCGACUAUCGCCGCGACCAUGGCAAAACUAUGGAGAGACAAACGUCAACUGGGUGGAAGGUUUUUCUUUAGUCCGAACAUUGCAUUCAACCAGGAUAUCAAAUACUUCUGCCGCACUAUCGCAUACGAUAUUGCAGCCAAUCAUGCGCAACUUGCCAUUGACAUCCAAUCCACGCUCAGUACCUCUCCAGAAGCCACCAUGGACUUUCCCACCCAACUUGUUCGUCUUGUUAUCCAACCACUUCGCAAAUUGAGGAAAGGUGACGAUCUCGAUCCACGGGUGGUCCGGGACUCGCACGCUCGUAAGCCAGGACAAGUCUAUGUCCCGGUCUUCUUGGUCAUCGAUGCGCUUGACAAUUGUGAAUAUGGCGCCCGACAAAAGCUCCUAAACGCGCUUCUCAGGGAACUUCCUAAUGAGCCAUACAUCAAAGUCUUUUUAACAAGUCGACCUUACCCAGAUAUCGCGGACGCCCUCGGCAAUCGGAGCCUGGUCAAUCUCGAGGAUCGACAACGAAUCAUUCAUUAUUCAGCUGGACUAUUCAUAUGGGCGGCCACGUUUUGCCGAGCGUUUGAACGAACCAAAGCCGGAAAACAUCUACUGGACAACUUUUUGCAUUUUCAAAUUACAAAUCCGCUGGACGCUCUCUACCUAGCCGUUCUCCGUCAAGCACUUGUAGACGAGAGGGCAAAGGAUGACUUCCGAAGAGUUCUUCAGGUCGUCCUUUCCGUAUUCCAGCCAGUCUCAAUCAACACCAUUUCCGCACUUUUCCCAAAUGUCGAUGCAGUGGACGACUUUAUCCAGGAUCUCGGCGCCAUCUUGAAAGAUGGUCAUCCGGACAGGCCUGUCAAAGUCCUUCAUUCCACCUUUCGCGAAUUUGCUUUCUCAAAUGAGAACAGAGCCAAUGGCUUUCUCGUCCAAGUGCAACCUUCUCACUCGAUCCUCGGAAAUGCCUGCCUUGAUGUACUGGAAAGACUACUGAAAUACAACAUACUUCAACUACCAGUGACGUGCGCAAACUUGCCGUUGAACAAGCAGGUUGCAAAUUUGGGUGCAGCGUCAACUCAGCACAUCUCUGCGGCAUUGAGAUAUGCAAGCUCGUAUUGGGCCCAUCAUAUUGCUGCGUCUGAGGAUGCUUGGAUGCACUGGGGGAGGGUGAUCUCCUUUCUACGUAAACAUUACCUGCACUGGGUGGAGCUAGUUGGUUGGCAGGGGACAAUCACGCAUGGGUUACAAGGACUUCGGGAAUUGAGAUCCAGGAUACCACUUUCUGGAAAUGUUCUGGACACCCACGGCUUGCUUGCAAUCGAGCACGCGUUCCAGUUUCUACUACGAUUCCAGGAUAUAAUCAAGGAGUCAGCAUUGCACACAUAUUCGACACCUGUUUCCCUCACCCCAUCAGAUUCACCUCUGCUCUCUUCCUGGGAUGCAAAACAUCUUGUCAAAGCGCUUGUUACCCCAAGGAGCAUAUGGAAACCAGAAGUGAUGAUCACUGGAAUGAAGAGUGGAAUAGCUGGAAUGACCUUCUCGCCAGACACUCGCCGCAUUGUCACUCUUGGUGGAACAGGGGGGUUACGUUUGUGGGACGUCGAAACUGGAGAAGCUCUCGGGCCCGGAUUACCUGACGGACAUGAAGGGGGAACUCUAGUGCAAGCCUUAGAGUUCUCACCAGAUAGUCAAAGCGUAGCCAUCAUAAAUAGUGAAGGCAUCCUCUAUCUCUGGGACACUCACGAUGGCGAAACCAUCUGGAAAACAGAGGUUUACAAGGAUUUUACCGACGUGGCGGCUCGUCUACACCCGUUCGUUGUAUCCAUUUCUUUCCCAGAUGACACCUAUAUCGCAAUUACGGGGCGUAAUCUCAGGACCAGGUAUCCCGAGAAUCUCAUUGGAGGCUUCAUAUCCUUCUAUCACAGAAAGUCGGGAGAAAGGUUUCCCAUACUUUCCACGCUGCGCUAUCCGGUUCAUCAGUUCCAACUGACGCCUGACAAGAGGCAUGCCGUCUACACAGCAACAAGCCAGGAGAGCGGAAUCGAUACCGUGACUUCUGCGCUCGUUAUUGACACGAAGACAUCUGAUGAAUUGGCGCAUAUGAAUAUACCCUCAUCUAUGCGUCGCAACAUCGAGAUCUCUCCAGACGGAAGUCGUAUAGCCCUCUAUGUGCCCUUUCAUUUCGGAGAGGCACCGAUGCUACUGCUUGAUGGCAGUGAUGGCUCUAUUAUCGAGCCAGCAGACCCGAAGGAUACUGACGCCCACCUAGUACUCUUUUCUCCUAAUUCAUUACUGAUGAUCACUUCCCCUAGAGGCCUUUCGGGUGUGCAUGUGCGAGAUAGCCGUGAUGCCCGCAUCCUGAGAUGGAUUCCCACUCCAGGAGAGCGUCUGGACGAUAUAUGGAUCUCGCCAGAUUCCACUCGCGUGGCCAGUCUUUCAAAAGAUACAGAAAUGACAUUGUGGGACAUCUCGACCGGAGAUGAACUCCCUAGUCUUAUCAGUGGUAACGUCCGAGGCAAGCGUAUCGUGCUUUCUCAGGACUGGGCCCGACUUGCUCUGAGUAAAGUUACCGCCGCCUUUAUAUAUGAGACAGGGUCCCAGAUUCUUGUCGAAUCCUCACUGGAAAGCGGUCCGCGCCCGGCGGGAGAGUACCUUGCCACAAUGUCAAUACUUGUCGAACGUUCCUACGUUGGUGGUCUUGGAAGAGUAUGCAUUUGGGAAAUUAGUGGCGGACAGCGCAAACUAGCCAAGUCUCUCGGAGAAUAUAAUGGGACAAUCUACACGAGCAUAACACCCAAUCGCCAACGCCUUCUCUGUUGCUCAUCGCAAGGUCAAAUUACCUACCACAGUCUAAUCGAUUAUAAAGAAGUGUCAAUUUCACUCGAUGGAGCAAAAGGCGGACCAACUCGUCCUCCCGUGUUCUCAUCUGAUGGACGACUCGUUGCUUUCCAAAAUAAGGAUCGCAAAGAGUGGAUAACACAAGUAUGGGAGAUUUCAGAAGGCAACAUAGUAUACGAAUACGUUGGAGAGACAUCUAUUCCGGUCGCUUUGGCGCCAAACGGGAGGCUCAUGGCAGUAGCGGAUGGCUCAAAACUCUGGAUAUGCAAUUUAAUGGACAGGAGGAAGCAAAUAGUAGACACCGCGACGGAUCAGUUUGACUUCAGUGACCAGAUUGAUGCAGUAAGCGUGGCGUUUAGCCCAGACUCGAACUCCUUUGUUUCAGUACACCGAGAGCUUAUCGGUAAACCGAGGAUCCUGCGCCUUUGGUCAGUAUCCUCCCUCAAUUCGGUGAGCUUCAAGGACGCGGUACAAUUUGAACAUGAAAUCGGAAGCGCACACUAUCUAGGCUUCUCCGCGGAUGGGAAAUGGGUGGUGUACGGCUCCAUGGUCUGGAAUAUAGAAACAGAAAGGCUCAUUGAGUACUCUGGGCCGAUUCCUCCUGCGCUCAAAAAUUACCCGUACUCCUUUCUCACCUAUGACGAUGGAUGGAUCUAUUCGGCAUUCCCAACUCGACGCAUCGCGCCUAUUCCGACCCACUUGAGAACAUUCUUCAGCAUUGGUAUGCAGCAGGGUCCUCUCUGGACAUCGAGUGGCAAUACUGUCACUAUUUACACCGACGAGGGGCCACUUAUCCUCGACUUUUCCAUGCUCGUGUCGUACUAG